CCCGCUCCGAGUACUUACUCACUCCUGCCAUCACCACCACCUCUUAGCCAGCGAUAGUCAUGUCCGCGCCAACGAUCGCUAUCCUCUCGCCGGGCGUCAUGGGCGCAGCUGUUGGCGCCCGCCUUUUCCGCAGCGGGUGCACCGUCCUCACGACGCUUGCCGGCCGCUCUCCCGCGACACACAAGCGCGCAGCGGAUGCAGGCAUGAGAGAUGCGUCGCUCAGGGAUAUAGUUGGUAAUGCAAGCUGGAUACUGAGCAUCCUCCCUCCCCGCGAUGCCGUCAAGACGGCCGAGGACAUACGCGACGCGGUCGGGAAGACAAAGCCGACAGAUAAGCUCGUGUUUGUCGAUUGCAAUGCUGUCAGCCCGGAGACGACCAAGCGGAUAGCUGCGUUGCUGCAUGGGACGAAUGUGAGGUUUGUGGAUGCGGGGAUUAUUGGAGGGCCACCGAAGGAAGGGUACGAUCCUGCGUUUUACGCUUCGGCAAGCGAUACUGCUGCCCUCGACGAGUUUGAGGAGCUGGGAAAACAGUGGGGACUGAGGGUGAUACCGCUCAGAGGCGAGGGAGUCGGUGUUGGCGAUGCGAGCGCUCUGAAGAUGAGUUACGCUGGGAUCACAAAGGGCACUAUUGGGUUGUACGCCACGAUGGUCUUAGCGGCUCACGCUUCAUCACCUGCCACUGCAGCCGCACUCAUGAACGAGCUCGGGAUGUCUCAGCUCCCGCAGCUGACGAGGCUCACGAACAGCGUGCCGGGUAUGGUACCCAAAGCAUACCGGUGGAUCGCAGAAAUGGAGGAGAUAGGGGCUUUCGUAGGACCGCCAGGUACCGAGGGCGAUAUCUAUCGUGGGUUGGCGAGGCUGUACGAGCGGAUAGAACGCGCAGUGGAUGAGAAGGAGAAGGAUGAAGCGGAUGGAGAUGUGCAGGUGCUUGACGACUUUGUGCAACGGGCGAAGAAACUGCUUGAGGAGAAGAAUAACGCUAAAUGAGAUGCGAGAUACCACGUCAGGCACAGCACACUGUAUAACCCGGAGAUCAUGAUAGUGUACGAUUAGAGAAGUCCAAAGUGCAAUAUACCGAUCAA